CUUCUUCUUUUCUAUAAUGUUUUUAAUUCAUACAAAACUAUCUUCUCAUUUAUCAUUUAAAUUUGCACAAUGUCGUUGUUUACCUCUGUCUUUCACGUCUGGUUUGACUACACGAUAUCAACAACGAUCUUUACUGGCAACAACAAAAACUCCUUUGACAACCAUACUAGAUCAACCUCAACACAAUGAUAUCAAUAUUUCAAGCCCAUUACUUCGCGAAUAUCAACAAAGAUGUAUUACUGCUUGUCUAGAGAAGCUUAAAGCUGGUCAAAAGAGACAGGUGGUUUCUUUACCCGUAGGAAGUGGGAAAACGGUAGUGAUGGCCAACUUGAUUCCUCGUGUUCCUAAUCCAACAAAGAUUGCCACCAAGACACUUGUCAUUGCUCAUAGAACAGAAUUAUUGGAUCAAGCACAAAGACAAAUACAACGGUUCAAUCCCUAUUUGACUGUAUCUGUCGAACAAGGUCGUAGAAAGGUUGAUAUUGAAACUACGGAUGUGGUUGUAGCAUCUGUGCAAACCCUUGGUAGAGCAGGUUCCAAUAGAUUAGAUAAUUAUGAUCCAGCUUUAUUCAAAACUAUCAUUAUCGAUGAAGCUCAUCAUGCAGCUGCAAGUACAUAUACCCGAAUUCUGGAUCACUUUGGUGUUACUCAUCCCGACUCUUCUAUCUUCGUUUGGGGUUGUUCUGCUACAGUUCGACGACAUGAUGGUAUUAGUUUAUCCAAUGCUUUUGGUGAUAUUGCAUUUCAUAUGGAUUUUAUGGAAAUGAUUGAAUCUGGAUGGCUAUCCCCUUUGAAAAUUACCACAGUAGAAACAUCAGUAGAUUUAUCUCAUGUCGGUAUUCAACAAUAUGACUUCAAACAAAGUGAAUUGUCUCAAGCUGUCAAUGUGGAUAAACGCAACGAUAUCAUUGUAAGAAGCUGGUGCAAAUAUGCUCAAAAUGAAACAAAUGAACCUACUUAUCGACUACGAAAAGCAACUUUGGUCUUUGCCGUGGAUAUAGCACAUACAAUGGCUUUAUGUAAUCACUUUCGAAAACAUGGAUAUGAAGCAGAAUACUUGACAAGCAAAACACCUACUAUAACCCGUUAUAAUAUUUUGGACCGAUUUCGAAAAGGCGAAUAUCCUAUAUUAGUGAAUUGUGGUAUAUUGACUGAAGGUACUGAUAUCCCGUCUAUUGAUUGUAUUCUUAUGGCAAGACCUACACGUUCAGCUGUCCUUUUUCAACAAAUGUUUGGUCGUGGUAUGCGAUUAUUUCCUAGCAAGUCUGAUUGUUUAGUCAUUGAUUUUGUGGAUAACUUUAAACGAUCUGGUCUGGUGACAUUUCCGACUCUGAUGGGAUUGGAUCCAAAAACAGUGAUCCAAGAUCAAGAUGUAUUAGCCCUGGAGAAAAAAGCUGCACAGGUUGAGUUACAGCAGAUCAAGGAUGAAAUGACAGCUGUUGAUGAUACCAAUGAUACGACAUCACCUGCAAUACGAUUGAAAAUCACGGAAUAUGACGACUUGCAAGAAUUCAUGACAACAAGUUCUGGAUUAGCCAAGAACAUUCAACAGAUCACUACCAAUGCAUGGGUAGCCAUCGGCAAUGAUCAAUAUGCAUUAUCAGUAUUAGGCAAGGGUUUAGUGACAUUGACACGACAAAGCGACAAUCAUUGGACUUGUGCAUUUCAACGUACAAUAUCAAAGAUAAAAUCUAUGGAUGAUCAUGACAAUAGCGAUAAAACAACAGGGAGCAAAUGGAUAGUUCGUCGUCGAGUAGAGGUACCUUUAGAAGCAGACAACAUAAUCUCAGCCAUCCAAGGAGCAGAUACAUGGGUACGACAUUCAUUAUUGAAAGGAAGUAAUCCGAAGACUAUUGCAUCUAGUCGGUUUGCCUCUUACCGAUCGGAUGCCAUGACGGACAAACAACGUGCCAUUUUGAAACGAUACAAGAUAGAUAUCAAACAAACUCUCAACAAAGGACAAGCAAUGGAUCUGAUCACUCGGCUCAAAUUAGGACAAGGCAGGUUAUGGCGUCAACAGUACGAAGCAAAACGUAAACAUCAACAGUUUCAACAGCAACAUUCUGUAGGAUUAUUAUUACGACAACAAAAUGGAAACAAUUCCUUGAAUCAUACCAACAAGCAUGAUAGAACCUUGUAG